AUGUUAACGUUCGUGAAGCCACGGAACACGCUCUUUCUACUCGCUCUACUCUCACUCCUUCUCGCUGUUUUCCCCUACCCUGCGCGCGGAUUCCGCCUGUUCCCGUGGAGACCUCCCGCCCGUGCGAAGCCCGACCCUCCACCAGACACCCCUACUGUAGAUAGUGGUUACAAAGCGGAUUCGCAAGACGUAGACGAUGACGACGACGACGAUGAUACACUGUUGUUACCGUCGCAAACCCUCGUGCAAGGCCUCGCCAACUUUCGCCCGCUUCAGCGAGGCCCGGACAGCUUAGAGCCGCCACGACCAGCUGAGGGAAAUUACCCGAUUUCGCUGAAACUACCAUCUGGAACGAACUCACAGCCUGCGAAAACUGGCGAAACGGGAAGUGAAGGGAAGAUUCAGUCGUUGAGCGACUCGGGCGAUUCUGGUGCUAGCGGCGGUAGCGGUAACGGCGACACCAGUGACGAUGACGUGGAGGUCUUCGAGGUCGCUCGGCCAAUCGCAAGGCCUCGCGGGGUGAAACCGUGCGUCGUUACGCUGCUUCGCAACCAAUCGUUCGACGACACCGUUGGCGACCCACCCGUCGCGAAAAACUACUCCAUCCCUGCUUCGUGCGGCUCCGCGUGGUCGCUGGUGCUGCUGAGCGUGCGCGUGAAAGUGAGCGGGGUGCAAUUCGACCGGGUGCUGUCCGUGUUCAUCGGCAACUUCGAGGUCUCCAGAUCCAUUACUGUGGAGCCUUUGGGUGUGUCGGCGUCCUACUCGUUUGAAGAAGACAUAACUAAGUUCGCAUCCGCGCUUGCGAAGGAGAAGCAAGCAUUCGUCUCGCUUCCCAAUGUGAUCAACGACACACUAACAGGUGUUUUCUACGUGAGCAUCGAUCUCCUCUACUUCAAGACCUCUCGAUUCAACCGAGCCAUUGUUCCCGACGUAGUUCUCCCCUUCUCCUCUCAAGCACUCGGCAAACCCUACCCAGUGCCCUUCACAAUCACGGGCGAAGAUUCCGCAUCCACCUCCUCUUCCUCUUCUUCUUCCUCUCCCUCCUCUCCUUCACUGGAAGCUUCUGUGACGUUUCCCUUGCUGCCCCUUGACAUUGUGACGGCGAAAUUCGAGCUGAUGGUAACCAGGCACGGCAGUGACGAAUUCUUCUUCAUGCUUUCGCCCAACUCUACCUCAACCUCGUCCACUGCAUCCUCCUCCUCGUCCUCCUCGUCUUCAUCCUAUUCCCCUUCCUCCUCCUCCUCCCCCUCUCCCUUCCGAGAGCUCCUCCUAUUCAUCGACAACCAAUUCGCAGGAGCUGUUUUCCCCUUCCCCACCCUCUACCCCUCCGCCUUUGCUCCGCUUCUCUGGGCCCCCCUUGUCGGAAUCGGCUGCUUCAGCAACCCCACUUACUCCCUCGACAUCACGCCAUUUGUCGGCCUGCUAGUGGACGGGCAGCCGCACGAAAUUUCGGUCAGCAUGCCCGCGGUCGGCCGGGCUGCCCGGUGGAUGGUUUCAGGGGUUCUCCAGCUCUGGGUGGACCCAGUUCGGGAGGCCACUUCAGGCACGCAGCCAUUCAUCAAUGCUCCUGUGCCCUCCAUCAUAAACACUUUCAUCACCCCUCCCGCUUCUGAUCUCUCGAAUGCAUUGGCCAAUAACAGCUUCGGCAGCAGUAGCAACAACAACGGCAACAGUAGCAGUAGCACCGGCACUGCUGCCGAACCAGCACCUCUCGACCCUGCUUCCACAAGCAUUGGAUUCACUACAAGCACGCUCCGCUCCUAUACAAUCACCGGCACUGUAUACUCCUCGGCCGGCGCGGUUACCACCGAGGUUACGGGAAGCCUGGGAGCGGAAGCGUCGGUGUAUUUCCGGAGGGAAGGGCUGGUGGCAUGGUCUCAUGUAACAAGAACUUCAGUGGAGGUUACGAGCAAGGAUGCCAAGGGGAAUGAGCUGAGUUCAGUCACUGAGCAGUUCUUGUUCCCUGUCAACCUCAAGAUGACGUCUCUCGAUGCCAACGGCUCAUUCAAGCUAGACACAGACUAUGCAUUCAACCUACAGAGGGACAAGUCUGGGAGGAAGCUGAGGCGGGACGCGCAGAAGGCGGACGCACUGAAGCCAGAGUCCUUCGGAUCCCAAGGCGGCAGAGAUGGUUCCGUGCGGGAUGACGACACCGAAAAGCCAACUCCAACGACAGGUUUGGAUUACCAUGGCGCCGCGCCGGAGGGGAAGGCUAGUACUACGGAGGGAGAAGCUACUAGAAACGCGGAAAGGGUGGCGAGCGCGGCAGUGCAAGGGGGGGAGGCGGCGGACGGCGAGAAGCCGCACGUGGCGUGGCUGCGAUUGGUGGAGCAGGCGAUGGAGGGCGGCGAGCUGGACAACGAGAAGUUCCUCGAGAAGAUGCGGCGGCGACUGGACAGAGCGGCUGCGCAACGAGAAGUUCCUGCCAACUUACCCCUUCCCCACUCAUCCGAUCCCCCGCAUUCCCCCUCAUACCUCACAGCGUGGGCGUCUCGUUGCGCCGAGUGGAGGGUAGGAGUGUCGUUCGUUCCCCUCCCCGGAGUGGAGGCGCGCUUUGAGGAGGUGAGCGCGUCGCGUCCGCCAAGGUGCAAGUGGGGGAUGACGCUGCUGCUGGGGCCGCCAGGCAGCGGCAAGUCAACGCUGCUGAAGAUCCACUUUGUGCUGGCCAAUCCUGAUCAGCACCUAAUCAGCAGCCUUUUUCUACUCCACACCACACGCCACAUGCUCUUCCCAACACGCAGGAUGACGCUGCUGCUGGGGCCGCCAGGCAGCGGCAAGUCAACGCUGCUGAAGAUCCUGGCAGGGAAGGCGGAGAGGGAGCUGCGCGUGCAGGGCGAGGUCACGUACAACGGCCGCCCGGGCAGCCACUUUGUGCUGCCGCGGACCGUGGCGUUUGUGCCUCAGACAGACUCCCACAUCGGCGAGAUGACUGUCCGCGAGACCCUCGAGUUCUCCGCCCGCCUGCAGGGGCCGGGCUACAAGGCAGGUGCGUUCUGA